CCUCCAGAGUUUUUUUUUUUUUUUUUCUUACUAUAAAUACGAAACUCAUAAAAAAAAAACACAGAGAAAAAAAAAAUGGGUUCAGAAGAAGAGGAAGAAGAACGAGACAUGUCCAGUAGCGAAGAAGACGAAGACGACGAUGCUUUCGAUGAAGAUAUGGAAGCCCUAAAACGUGCUUGUAUGAUCACUGGUACUAAUCCUGACGAUCUUAAUAAUUCCUCUGCUACUCCCACUGCCGGAGAAUCAAUAUCUAAAGUUGAAGACGAAGAAGACGAAGACGAUGAUGAUGAAGAUGACCUAGAGUUGGUUCGGAACAUAAAGAACCGGUUCUCUACCUUUGAACCUCUCUCGCUGAAACCUCUUUGUGUUUUGCCACCGGCUAUUAUGUCUGAUGAUGACGAGGGUGAUGAUUUUGAAACUCUUCGUGCUAUACAGAAGCGGUUUGCGGCUUAUGAUUGUGAUGCUUUCAAAAGUAGCAGAGAGACUUCUUUUGAGACACAAGAGCAGGUUCAUGAUCCUCGUGUAUCCUUAGAGAAAGGCUCUUCAACUGAUUUGAUUGUUCAUGGAAAUGAUGCCUGCAGCAUUUCAGAUUCUGAGUAUACUGGAGGCACUGCCUCUCAGUCGGGUGGUCAUUUGGAAAUGCAGCCUUCUGCUGACAUUACAUGGCAUCACAGAAAUAACUCGAACACAUCAACAUCGCAGUCCAACUACUCAAGCUUCCCAAAAUCCGCAAGGGUUUUUAUGGAUGCCAUUAAAAAAAAUAGGUCUUUUCAAAAGAUUUUAAGGAGUAAGCUGAUUCAGAUUGAAAAAAAAAUUGAGGAGAACAAGAAGUUGAAGGAACGCUUUAAAAUCCUCAGAGACUUUCAGGUUAAUUGCAAAAGAAGAACUGGACGUGCUCUAUCCCAAUUGAAAGAUUCUCGUGUUCAGUUGAUUUCACGGAAGAAGCCAUGGCCUUGUAAGGAUUCAAAGGUUCAUGAUAAAAGGAUCCCUGCUAUGUAUUAUGGUCCGGAAGAGAAUUCUCACGUUUCAAAUUACAAAAUGGCUUUAACAAAGUUCCCAUUGUCAUUAGAACGUAAAAAAUGGUCAGAGAAUGAGACACAAAAUCUUGAAAAGGGAAUUCAGCAACAAUUUCAAGAAAAGAUGGUUCAAGUUAUGGUGGAUCGAUUUAGUGGCGGGAAUGGAGAAUAUCAUGAUGUCUCCAAUGAUCUUGAUAACAUUUUAGCAUCAAUAAAGAAUCUCGACAUCACUUCAGAAAAUAUUAGAGCUUUUCUGCCCAAGGUUAAUUGGGAGUAUUUGGCUUCUAUGCAUGUAGUAGGACGGUCUGGUGCAGAAUGUGAAGCAAGGUGGUUGAACUUUGAAGAUCCUUUGAUCAAUCGUAAUCCAUGGACUGCCGAAGAGGAUAAAUAUCUUUUGUUAUUUGUCCAGGAGAAGGGGAUCAGUAACUGGAUUGACAUUGCUGCAUCAUUAAGAACAAACAGGACUCCUUUUCAAUGCUUGGCACGUUAUCAGAGGAGUUUGAAUGUUUCCAUAUUGAAAAGAGAUUGGACCAAGGAUGAUGAUGCUAAACUUCGUUCUGCUGUUGAAAUAUUUGGUGAGAGUGAUUGGCAAUCUGUAGCUUCUGUUUUAGAAGGAUGGACUGGUACCCAAUGCUCCAAUAGGUGGAAAAAGUCUCUUCAUCCAACCAGGGAAAAAGUAGGUAGGUGGACUGCAGAUGAAGACAAACGACUUGUAGUGGCUCAGUUGUUGUUUGGACCUAGAAAUUGGAAGAAAACAGCUCUAUUUGUGCCAGGUCGAACAGAGGUGCAAUGUAGAGAAAGAUUUGUGAAUUCUUUAGACCCUUCUUUGAACUGGGAUAAGUGGACCGCAGACGAGGAUGCCAAGUUGAGAGCAGCUAUUGCUGAAUACGGAUAUUGCUGGGCUAAGGUUGCUGCGGCAGUGCCAAGACGAACUGAUAAUAUGUGCCGGAGGAGAUGGAAGAAGUUGCUUCCUGAUGAGGUUCCUUUGCUUCAAGCAGCUAGAAGAAUACAAAAAGCCGCUUUUAUAGGAAAUUUUGUAGAUAGAGAGUCAGAACGUCCUGCUCUUUGCCCUGGUGAUUUCGGUCCAUUGCGUUUGAUGGCUAAUAGUGAGAACACUAAUCAAUCUAACAAAGAAGCUGGAAAACUAAGAGAAGUAAAGAAGAGGAAUGUGAAGAAAUCCAUAGAAAACAGCCAAACAGAUCAAAAAGAAGUCUUGGGAAUAAGUAAUGUAAGUAACCAUGGUGAGGCCGAAACACAAGGUACACAAAAGAGUAAACCAGAAGCUAAAAGGAGAAAACGAUGCGUUAAACCACAGUCUAAGGCAACAGACCUCACUGAACCAAAUGAAGAGAGGGAAUGUGUUCUGUUACAACCUGAAAAAUUGAAUCCAACAAAUGAUGGUGAUUGGAAUGAGCCUCUUGGUCAGGCUGAUAGAUUUGAUCCGAAUGAAGCCAUUGCAAGGCAAGGUUCACGAAAGAGUAACCCAGAAACUAAAAAGAGAAGACGGUCUUAUAAACAACAUUCUAAGAUGACAGACCUCACUGAACCAAAUGAAGAGCUGUUACAACCUGAAAAAAUGAAUCCAACAAGUGAAGGCGAUUGGACUGAGCCUUUUGAUGCAAAUGAAGCCAUUACAAGGCGAAAUUCACAAAAGAGUAAACCAGAAACUAAAAAGAGAAAAGAGUCUGGUAAACAACGUUCUAAGUCGAAAGACCUCCCUAAACCAAAUGAAGAAGGGGUAUGUCCUCUGUUACAGCCUGAAAAGUCGAAUCUAACAAGUGAUGGUGAUCGGACUGAGUCUGUUGGUCAGGGUGAUACAGUUGAUGUACAUGAAGCCAUUACUAGACAAGGUUCGGGAAAGAAGAGUAAAUCAGUUGCUAAGAAGAGAAAGCAAUCUUCUGAAACGAGCCCUAAGAUGACAGAGCUUGCUGAACCAAAUGAAGAGAGGGAGUGUAUUCCGUUACAGACAGAAAAAUUGAAUUCAUCAAGUGAUGGUAUUACGCCACAAAGUACCGAAUCGAGUUUGAAGCAGAAAAGUGGAAAAAGUACUCUGGAUUCAUGCAAACAUCAACAUUCCGAUUUAUCUUCUGAUAAGUCGUCGCCAGCAGGAAUUGCUACUGAUGUUUCGGUUCACAAUUCAUGCCUGGAUUCAACAGAAAUAAUGGCAGUUGACACCGUUGGUGGAAAUGAUAAAAUCGCCUCAGAGAAAAAUAAAGGCACUAAACAGUACAAAAGACGGGCAAAAAAAGCUGUAUCGGUUCCUUCUCAACAAAACGGAAUGAAAGAGUUAACUGAAACGACAAUUUGUUCUGAUCAGAAUGAAGUCACUGCAGAUUUCGAUCUUCCACUUAUUAGCUUCCUAAAAACUAAACCAAAGAAGAGAAAACUCGAAGCCAACGGUUGUGAUAGUAACCAUUCACACCCUCCAUUGAUAACUCAGAAGGAAGCAGAUACAUCCAAUGCUGGAAGUCUAAUGCCUAUUACGAACGAUGAUAGCGCUUUCAACAAGUUUGGAUCGUGCAAUUUGACUUCCGAUUUUGCAAUGGACAACUCUGCAGCUUUCAGUAGUGAAAUUGAGGCUGGUACACCUUAUCUCGAUUUGGAAAUGGAGAGCAUCAAUGUGGAAAGCAGUGAUGAUACUAACAACACUUAUGUUAUCACCGAGCAGCAAACUCGCGAAAGUGAAUCCAAAAUUCGUGCAACCGUUACAUCCAGCGAACGAAAGCCUAGCAAACAAGAUCUUGGUACCGGACAUGAAGUUGCUCCCGAGGAACCAAAGAAGGAAAAAGGCGAAAAUGGUACGAUUUUAGCUUAUGUUCGUCGAAAUAGAUUGAAAAUAAAAAUUUAGUUUCUCAAUUGACCUAGUAAAGUAGUAGUUUUCGGGUAGAAAAAUGUGUUCGAUUUCGAUUCUAAAGAGUGCCAAAUGAUGCUGAACGUCUGAAGUUUUUUAAGUGAUCACAGUCGUUUAGUUGAAGGAAAUAUUUUGAAUUGGUAAUGGUGAGUUUUCUCUUUAUAAUAUAUUCUUUUGGACCAGUCUAAAUAGUUUUAAUUAUUUAUUUAUGAUUGUUAUAUUAGAAAGAAAGAAAAAAAAUGGAUUAAUAGGGAGAUAAAAAUGUGAUUUGAUAAUAGAAUAGAGCAUUUUAAUGAAUUAAAUUUGUAUAGUGGCCUUUAUUGUAUUUUAUAUUUUAAUACAUAAUUGUAGGGUUGAUUUA